UAUAUAGAUAAAGUAUAUCUAUCGUACGGGAUACGAGCACACAAGGUGAGAGAGACACAUUGACAGGAUUGAGACAAGCUGACGUUGAGUACAGAUCACAACAGGCCUGAAACAGAACAAGAUUGGUCGCUAUUUACAUUAACAGGCCUGUUAAAUUGAAUUACAAAGGAUCGCCGAUAACCAACGCUGGCGAAUGGUGAAAGUUUCAUGCAAAAUCAAGUGCCAGUAUUGAUUUGCAAUUUAAAUAUUUACCUACCAUGACAAACCGAACGAAACUUGAGUGAUUACUGGUAACUCCAGCCAUAACGACUUCCUCAUCAGCGUACUGAACGUUGCCGACUGAUUUACAACGUCGACUUACACAAACUGUCAGAGAAAUACUGUGAGCGAUAUCUUUAACGGGAGCAAUCGGAACAGGUUGACUUGUGUAUUGCACAGUAGCAAACAUUGGUCAAAUGUAUGAGAGUACGGUUUUAUUAUCUUAAGAGACGGACACAUACGCAUUUAGCCUCCCAAAAGAUAACACAUUUUCUACCAAAUGAUGAAACUUCUGAAUCACACUGCAAACAUAGCGGGAAGUUUAGGACCGUAAUUGAUUUCUCAGUAAACACCCAACCCUGGGAACUGUCCACCUGUGCCCCGUCUUUGAAUCAGAUGGCCAAUUCCACCCCAAACUUUGUGCGCCGCGCCAGGAUGCCAUCGGUCGAUUCUGUGCUAGGCACGUGCGGAGCAGACGACAGUAGCAGACGAGAUCAACGUGCCGUCAGACGACACGCUUAUUCAGACCCAGAGGUACAUUUACCGGCUGGGAAGCAAAAACACGAAGAGGGGACUAGCUUCCGGUCUAUCGUUAGUCAUUUGCUGCGCAGGCGCAGCACAAAUGUUUCAGUCCUUUCAAAUGAAGAGACGGAGAACCCUGCAACACUCAGAACGGUGAUGGAGAAAAUAUUUAUUCAUGGAGAAAAAACGUCAAACAAAAUGAUUGAGUCUCGACGUCGCCUUUCGUUUGCUGACGUUAUCUACACACAGUCGACAUAUCAGCGCGUGCUGGAGAGAAGACGUGCAAGACUGACACUGAUGAAGAAAGCAAAUAACAAGAGAUUACUGCGCCGGAAGUUCCAGAGAGUCGCCAAGAUAACCAUUUUCUGUAUACGAGAGUGCCACGCCCAUUGUCUCAGGAACAACGACGACGAUGAGUUAUCUCCCUUUGUGAAGCCACUGAACUUCCGGGAAUACCCUGCAAUGGCGGGCGUGGAACUAAUGUUUGACCCGUCAAGGUUCAAGGCCAAUAAGCAGACGAGAAUAUCAGACGACAUCAGACGGAUCCUGAGCAAACCCCCCUCCGACAGGACGGAUCAGGAGCUGUACACGGCUCAGAUAGCAUUGCGGAAUAUCACGUGUUUUCAAGAAUACCCAGCCCGGAUGCAGCGCCUCCUAGCGGCAGUUGGCAUUUAUGAAAGGUUUGAGGCGAGACGAGUGCUAGUUCGACAAGGUCAUCCUGCAUCGUCCUUCUAUUUCAUCCUGUCAGGAACAGUGGUUGUCAUGGUGAUGGAUUGUGACCGGAAGUACGCCCGACCAGUGGCCUAUCUGUACAAGGGACAGACAUUUGGGGAACUAGCGAUUAUCAACAGAACGUCUCGACAGUCGACCGUACUCGCCAAGGAGAGCUCCGAGUUCCUCACGAUCUCCGUGGAGGACUACCAUAGAAUCUUCAUGGCUGGAGGUGUGAAGUGCCUCACAGACCCGGACCACGAGGACUUCAUCAGACAUCUGAGAUUCCUGGACGGCUGGCCGUUAUGGAGGCUCCAGGAACAUCCAGCCAAGUGCCUCUUCCUCUACUUUAAACGCGGAGACGUGUUGGUCAAGGACAGCCACUACUCCGACUGGCUCAUCGUUGUCAAAUCUGGGUCUAUAUCAGUGUUGAAGAAACUCAGACGGGUAGAGGCAUACGAGUGGAGAAGAAAACACGGGUCGCUGUACCUCGCUGAGAAGCAGCAGCAGGAACAUGAAGUCCGACUACAGCAGUGGCGGAAGUCCAUCCUGCACGAACUGCACGUGCCGUUACGUCAGUCAGUAGAAGACGAAACAGAUAACCAUGACAACUGGACGCGACGGAAACUUUGUUCUAACACCACAGUUGAGGCACUUGAUGUAAACACUUGCAAGUUCUUUGACUCGAAAGUGUGGCAGUUUGGGAAGCCAAGAGAUGGAAAAGGGCUGGGGUUUUCCAUUAUAAAUUUACCGGACAUCAAAUCGAAGAAGCCACUCGGAAGGGUUGAUACAAACUUAGAUGAGAGUGAAAAACAGCAGCGUCAGCGCAUGCGCAUGAGAAACGUUUGUAGACCACGAAGUAGCACUGAUGAAGAUAGUGAGAUGACAUCAAGUGGCAAGAGGGAACCUGACGGCGUCACAAACCCUCGUCGUCAGAGCGUCGUUGAAAGAGAACGCGAGAUGAUGGGAUUCGCCCAGCACGUUCGGACAAUCAGUGAGGACCUGGAUGCGGGGAUCAAACGGAAGGACCCUGAUGACGUCACACCUGCUGACCUCAAUCCCGAGUUCGUGAAAGUUGAGACUGUGACGAAAGGCCAAGUGUUUGGCCUGGCCGACCUGCUUCUGGGACGACAGACAAGUUUCUGCGUGGUCAGCAACGGCGCUGACUGCCUGCUCAUCAACAAGCAACUGUACAUGGAUCACGUGACGGAUGACCUCGAGCGGAGGACGAGACAACAGCUGUGUCCCUAUCCUAGCGAGGAGGCCCUGCAGCGGAGUCUUCAGACCAGCGUUGACUGGAAUGCAUACAGGGAGGUAACUCUCGCCAACACACUCAAACUCGUUAAACAGAGAAAAACGGGAAGCGUGGCCUGAGACCACAAGGUCGAAUACAAUAUCCGAUCUGUUAAAAGAACAAAAUGAAAAAGCAUCAUUAUAAAGUUUAAGUCAACCAGUAUUCCCCCGUUUAUUAGUUAAUUUGCUCUCAUAGUCUGGUAUAUGCCCUUUCAGUAUGUAUAACCUUGCAGAGGAGACCCUUUUACUGGAUAAUCCUUGCUCCAACAAAACAACGCAAUCCAGAUUAACGGGUUUCAAGCUAAAAGAGCCAUAAGUUGUCAAAGAGUAAUUGAUUCAAUUGCUCGUGAUACCUUUACACAUAUAUAAGCAGUGACAUUUGUUUUGCAUUUAUGUUUCCACGAAACGGCAAACCUGUGCGUUCUUCCAUUAACAGACUUAUACUUCGAGAAUGGUUAAUAACGAGUGAGUGAUUGAGUUUAGUUUUACGCCACUUUUAGCAAUAUUCCAGCAAUAUCACGGCGGGUGACACAAGAAAUGGGCUUCACACAUUGUACCCAUGUGGGGAAUCGAAAGCGGGUCGAGCGAAAGCGUUAACCACUGGGAAACCCUACCACCCCGGAUAAUAUCAAAAUGAGCGGUACUUCUGACAGAUGAUUGUGCCGAACGAUGCCACUGAUUUCCUAUUGUAGGUAGCACGUGUUAAGUAAGUACUAUGAAGGUAGCCUGUGAAUUUGUUGGACGAUGUAUUUAUAAGAAAUUACUUCAAUAUAAUUUACUCUUUUAGAAUUAAAACACGUAUAUUCCUCCGUAUAC